UUUGGAACGUCACUUAAACGAGCCAUUUGUGCCAACGUCAUCGCGAUGCGUCAAUGCCAUGAAAGGCUGGCAGAUGCCUCUUCGAAACAGUAGUCUGUUGUCGCUAAGUUGAAGAGUAGGCGUAGUCUUAGGGAUGCCGAAGAAGUUCCAGGGCGAGAACUCCAAGGCAGUUACUGCCAAGGCCCGCAAGGCAGAGGCCAAAGCAGUGGAAGAUGCCCGCAAAAAGAAAGAACUGGAGGAUGCACUAUGGCAGGAAAAUGACAAACAUGUCCUGAAGAAAGAACAGAGGAAGGACGAUAAGGAGAAAAAACGCCUUGAGGCCCUCGAAAGGAAGAAGGAGAACCAGCGGCUCUUGGAGGAGGAAGCUGCAAAGAUUAAGGGAAAAGCCAAGGAGGCGGCGGCGGCAGCGGCUGUGGGCAGAGUGACCCGUGCCCAGAUUGAAGAGACACUGCGUGUCGAGCAGCUACAGCAGCAGGAGCAACCCAAAGAGAAGAGCCACCUGGAAACGCCCCUGGAGGAGAAUGUGAAUCGUGUAAUUCCUGAGGAAGGUGCAGUGGAAGCUAGAUCUGUAGAGGAUGCCAUUGCCAUGCUCAGCACGGCAGAAGAGCUUGACCGCCACCCGGAGCGCAGGGUGAAAGCAGCGUUUGCGGCAUACGAGGAGCUGAACCUGCCCCUCCUUAAAAAAGAGAACCCCAACAUGCGCCUGUCGCAGCUCAAGCAGCUGCUGAAAAAAGAGUGGAUGAAGUCGCCAGAGAACCCCCUGAACCAGCGCUUUGCCAACUAUAACACCAAGUGAACCAAUAUGAAAAGCUGCUAACACACAACGUUCUACCUACAGGCACAUUGGACUUCCAUGGAAGAAUCCCCCAAACCAAUAAUUAUUCCCCCAUUAUGAUUGUAUUACUGGAUAACCUGCACUCGCUCCCUAGGAUGGACCUCUGAUGCCAAGAAUCAACUUGGGACCUUUUUUCAUUCCGAUUCAAACAGGAAAAAAGCAACCUUCUGUGGUUUACACUAUCAGUGUUUAGCACAUGUUGAAAGGGGAAGUAUAUUGGUGCAAGACGUUUGACAUUAAAGUAAUUUAUUUCAGUUCACAAUACUAUUGUAUUGAAUUAUCCCUCAUAUUAAGACUACAGGUGUGUGGUCUUCACUCUUGCCUCUUCCGAUCAACUUUAACCCCUUGAAUAUAACGUUGACCCACAUAGGAAUAUAUGACUGGUGCCUGUUGUAGAUUUGUUGUAAGAUUAGUAACUUGUUAUAAACUGCCAUGUUGAGCACCAUUGCAAGUAACUCCAUUCUCCAAUAGUGUGUCCUAGAGCACAUGUUUCUCCUCAUAACAGGGCCUUUUCUGAUGUACCUACUGAAUAAACCAAUGGUGUGGAUACAGAUCCUGGUAUUAUGAAACAUUAGGUCUGAAUUCUGUAUAUACUUAUGGUUUAACAAAAUACUUAAUAUUUAGAUGUUAAACUGUAUAAAGAUUGUUGAUAAUCAUAAGUUUAAAAUGAAACGACUUGUUCAGAAUAAGUUACUUAUUGAAGUGUGCAGGUGUCAAAAAACUUACCCCCCCCCCCCCCCCCCCUUUAUCAUUGGGUUGGAACGUUAAGACUUUGCUUGAUGUCUUUCAACUUUAGUGAUCUGGGGACAUUUCAGCUAGAAUAUCUAACUCUUAGAGGAUGGUAAGGGGACACUGAAUGCUUUCAGCUGUGCUCCAGUUACCACUUGUUUGCACACCCUUUCAUAGAUUUAAAGUAGACCAGUGUAAGUGUCAUGAAAACUCUGCAGCUCAUACCAGUCCCAAUCCUGUUCAUUUUAACCCGUGACGGGAUGUCGAUGAGGGCAUUGGAACUCCAUGUGAAAACACCUAUGGCUCUUUCCUUUGGUAGUGACUCAAUGUGAAACCUGGAUUCUUUGACACUGGAUGAUAAUCAUCAGACUAAAUUCACAACCAUUUUGUUUAUGAAUUGCUUCUCUAUAAGAUGUCUUAGAUAUUGUAUAUCUAUAGGGCAAAUUUGCUGUUGGUGUUUUUACAGAAAUACAGUAUUGUGUAGACAUAUCUGUCACUGCUUCUGUACUGUUCGAAAUGCAGGUACAGUACAGUAUGUGUACUUGAAAAUACUGUCACUGUAGAACAUAAUAUUCAAAACCCUCUUAUCUAAAUAAAUCUGCAGACGUAGCUUUCCUUUUUAGUUCCAAUGGCAGUUUUAACAAAUAAUGACCAAUAAAUUGAAUUUACCAUAUUUCCUGUUAAA